AUGCUGAAGGUUCAGACAGACGCCCUGGCAGACUUGCACCUCAAGAUCAAGAACAUCCAAGACACCGCCCACAAAGUUGGCGAAUUUGCCAAUCAAAUCCGGGGAAUCGAGGUCGAGCUGGGGGAAGCCAAGAAAGCUGCGGAACAGAUUGUGGGUGCAAACACAGGCAUGGGUGAGUUGGCGAAGGAGGUGGCAACCAUCAAGGCCAAGGCCGCGGAGCAGCAAUCUGACCUCAUAUUGGCGAAGGAUGCUGUCGACAAGCUGAUCCCCACCAAUGCGAGCAUCGGCAUUGGCAUGGCUUUGCUGGCUUUGCCGUGCAAGCAGGAGAUCCGUACCAAGUUGAGUUCACGGUGGAGGCGGGCGAGACGAUGGGAGCCCCCGUGGCAUACUGCUUUCCUCUGA